AUGUCUAACGAAUACGCCCUGGAGCGCACACACGGCCAAGAAACGGUGAUGAUCCACGCCGCCGACCUGUAUCUCCUGGAAAAUUGGAAAGAUGACCCUACUAUUUCAGACGAAGCCCAGCGCUCAGCAAUCUUUGGCAAGUGGCUAAAUAUUGGCUCGUGUGGCCGCAUGCCCUAUAGUGACCAACUAGAGGACAUGUGGGGGACUGAUGAGGACAUCACAAAGGGCGAGAAGGAUUUACUCUCUCGUGUCCGGAAUCCGUUGGAUCGACAGGGGGUCAGCUAUACACGUCUUGUCCGCACUUUCUACGGCGACCAGUCGGACAUAGUCUUUCCCGAGCUAAUCACCCAGAGCGAGUACGACGGGGCUAUCUUCGAUAAUGCCACGCUAUACGACGCGGGGUCGGACGAUGGCCUACAGUCGCUGCGCGGUAUAUUAACCCGUAUCCCGCAAAUUCUUGAAGCGACGGCAGUUUCUGCCUUUAAAUAUGAAAUUCAAAGGCGAGAAACCCUAGAGAAGGCCACAGGAAAGGAUAACCAUAAUAUUGAAUUCCAUUUUGAGAUGGCUCACCAGGCAGCUAGAUGGUGCCACUUGCUCAUUUACGAUAAGGAGGCUUAUGACAGCCCGGGGCAUGUUCUGGUGAUGUAUCUUGACGAUCGUGGCAGGGUCCUACGUUACUCCCGGCUGCUAGACGGGACCGAGGAUUUGCAGGCUAUUGAUGGUAUGUUGUUAUCGGGUCAGGAUAUCAUGCAUGGGUGGUGGGAAGAUGGCCGCUACGGCGAGGAAUGGGAGCCCCAGCAACUUGCUAAGCGACGGGCCGAGGUUGAGCAUGUCUAA